AGCCAGACGGACCCAUCAUGUCUGACAAACCAGAUUUUGCAGAAAUUGAAACGUUUGACAAAACCAAGCUGAAGAAGACAGAAACCAGAGAGAAAAAUCCCUUGCCCACUAAAGAAACUAUCGAACAGGAAAAGCAAAGUGAAAGUACAGCCUGAGCAUAAAAUUGAAGAUGUGACUGCUGCUUCUUCAGUGGGGUUUUGGCUUCCAACUUGAGUUGUUUUGUUUUGUCACCCCCAUCCCAUGUUUGUUGCCCAUUUAUUUGAACAAACAUUUGCUCUUUUAAUGUUCCUCGGGGAAUAAGUUUGGUUUGUGUUUGUUGAACGAGAUACUGUGUAUUUGUAUUCUUAAAACUGUAAUUCUAAGUUCUGUAUCCACC